GUGCUUUGCAGGUUUUAAGCGUUAUAUUUUUUAUUUUUGCAGAAUAAUUUGUAUUUCAUUUUAAUUGUGUGUGGUUUUAAAUAUUAAGUUAUUAACUAGCUAGUUAUUUUUCGAAACUAGGACUGUAGGUACAACGGUGGAAAGUAAGUAGAGCUGAAGAUGACGACUGUAAAGGAGGUUUUAGCUUGUUUUCGAGCUCUUCAUCGAAUAAGGAAAAGUGUUUUUCAUGGAGACUCACUUGCUCUUGAAGCGGCUAGACAAAAAAUUGGUGAAGAAUUCAGAAAAAAUGCAGCAGAAUCAGAUCAUGAUAAGAUAACAGAGCAAUUGAAGAUAGGGUGGGAUUGUGAAAUGCUUCUCCGCGAAAAAGUAGUUCAACUUCAACUUAAUAAACAAGGUCGUUAUGAGUUAAAGCUACGACAGGAUGUACGUUUAGAGAAGAAUACACCAUACAUAGAAAUGCCAGAAGAUUUAUCACGGUGAUCCUUCAUUUCUCUGCUAUAUUUUUAGAAAAGUAUAAAUUUUGUUACAAUGUGUGUUGUAUUACCUAAAUUAUUCUAUAAAUAAAGACAGUAUAACAUAGAGAAAUUAGAGUUUAAAACUUAUUUCAUGUUAUUUAUUUUUCACAAAAUAAUGCUAAUGAUAUUAUUUUUUUGGUGUAUGUAGCACACUAUGUUAAUAAAGUGACCUUUGGUACCACUUUGUUGAUAAUAAAAACGGAAAUAAAUUAUUUAAAAUUUA